CGCUUGCCGUGGACGUGACGCUGUCAGUCAAGCAGCGGCGGCGGUUUGGGAGUGUGUGAGUGAGAGAGAAGAUCUACUGUGAUCUGCAGAGCGCCCGGCGCUGUUGGUCUUUUCCACAGCAGAAGCUGCCACCGUUUGGAUCACCAAACAGGCACGAUGUAUCUCUGCAGGGUCGCCUACCACAACCUGGCCAAGCUGUCGAUAUCCUCACGAUUACUUAGGAACGUGUACAGAGACGGAUCGAUACGACAGUUAUCGUUUGGUGGUCAUUCAGGCUCCUCGGGAGAGAACAUGAUAUAUGCUCUAAUAGUCGGUGGAGUGAUUGGAGGUGGAAGCCUUUACACAUACAAGGUUCUCCACAAUGACAAAGCCAGAUACAAUGACAGAGUUGCAGAGAUAAUGGAGCGUCCGAAGAAUGAGAGCACACCCAAGGAACUGCAACCUAAGGUUACAGAGAAAGCUGAUGAAGUGCAACCUCUUGAAGUGGUAGAAGCUGGUGAAGAAGGCCCGGCAGAAAACGUUGAGCCACUUGAGAGUCCUUCAACAGUUGAACCCAACUUGGAAAAGUCAACAGUGGAAGAAGAAGUGAUUGAAGUUCUGCCACUACCUACUUCAGAUGAUUCCCAGACUUCUGAAGAGGUUGAAGCUGAUGCAGAGACUCUGGAGUCAACAGCAGUGGAGGAGGAAGUCCCUGCGGCUAACAUUGUUGAGCAGGUUGAAAAUCUUCCAAUGGUUGCGGAACCCAAUAUGAUGCCAGAGGAAGACGAGGCUGAGACCCCAGCUGAACAGGCACAGUAGCUACAACAGAACAAACUAAGAACAUCCUUCCUGAUAAUUUAUUUUGAAAUAUAAAAAUAUCCAUCAUGAUAUGAAUCUUUUUCUCAAUUUACCCUUUUCCUCACAUUUGAGUUUGCCACCACUUGGAAGCUGGAAAGGUUGCAGAGAAGAUUUAGGAGGAUGUUACCAGGACUCGAGGACCAGAGCUAUAGGGUUGAGCAGGCUAGGACUCUAUUCCUUGGAGUCCUUAUAGACGUGUACAAAAUAAUGAGGGGAAUAAAUCGGGUAGAUGCACAGUCUUUUACCAAAAGUAGGGGAAUCAAGAACCAGAGGACACAGGUGUAAGCUGAAAUGUGAAUGAUUUAAUAUAUACCUGAGGGAUAACUAUUUUACACAAAGGGUGGUGGGUGUAUGGGACGAGCUGUUAGAGGAGGUAGUUCAGGUACUAUUAUAGCAUUUUAAAAACAUUUAGACAGGUACAUGGAUAGGACAGGUUUAGAGGGAUAUGGGCCAAACAUAGAAAGGUGGGACAUGUUGAUCGGUGUGAACAAGUUGGGCCGAAGGGCCUGUUUCCACGCUGUAUGACUCUUUGACUAUCAUACUUGCCCUCUUUUAUCCCUUCCCUUCUGCUUUCUCUCCCCUAUGUGGGCAUACCCUUGCUCUUGCACAAUUUGAUUAUUCCCAUCUCUUAAUGACAGCCAGAACAUUUCUGAUCACCUCUUUAUAUCCCCCAAUAUCUCCAACCAACCCCACCCCCCUUUUCCAAAGAUGCUUGUUCACCAUUGUAUCUCUGCCACUGAAUCUCUUCAAACAUCCUCACCCUAAGGUUGUUGAUGCCCUCUACCUAUCUUUCUCUAGCACUGGGCCUCAUCCUUGAUGCCUUGUUAUCUGAGGAUGAUUAAGUACUUGGAGUCAUAGAGUCAUACAGCACAGAUACAGGCCCUUCAGCACAGUUCGUCCAUGCUAAUCAAGAUGUCAAUAGACAAUAGGUGCAGGAGUAGGCCAUUCGGCCCUUCGAGCCAGCACCAUUCAUGGCUGAACAUCCACAAUCAGUACCCCGUUCCUGCCUUCUCCCCAUAUCCCCUGACUCCGCUAUUUUUACGAGCCCUCUCUUGAAAGCAUCCAGAGAACCGGCCAGAGAACAGCCAGAGAAUUCCACAGAGAAUGUCCCAUUAAAGCAAGUCCCAUUUGCCCAUGUAACUCAGCAAACUCAACUGUGUGGUGUUACUCAAGAACUUAGUGUUUAUCUGAUAGCAUCAUAAAGAUAUUAGGAAUAUCAAUAUAUUACAGAGGAGCAACAUUCAAAAGUGGGUUGGCAACCAUAGGAGAUGCUUCAACAACAUUGAUUAAUUCCUUUACUUGAGACUGAAGAUUUACCCAACACUGGUCUAUUUCAUCAUAAUUUCAUAGAAACAGAAAAUAGGUGCAGGAGGAGGCCAUUCGGCCCUUGGAGCCAGCACUGCCAUUCAUUGUGAUCAUGGCUGAUUGUGCCCUAUCAAUAACCCGUGCCUGCCUUCUCCCCAUAUCCCUUGACUCCACUAGCCCCUAGAGCUCUAUCUAACUCUCUCUUAAAUCCAUCCAGUGACUUGGCCUCCACUGCCCCCUGUGGCAGGGAAUUCCAUAAAUUCACAACUCUCUGGGUGAAAAAGUUUUUUCUCACCUCAGUCUUAAAUGACCUCCCCUUUAUUCUAAGAGUGUGGGCCCUGGUUCUGGACUCGCCCCACAUUGGGAACAUUUUUCCUGCAUCUAGCUUGUCCAGUCCUUUUAUAAUUUUAUAUGUUUCUAUAAGAUCACUCCAUAUCCUUCUAAACUCCAGUGAAUACAAGCCUAGUCUUUUCCAUCUUUCCUCAUAUGACAGUCCCGCCAUCCCAGGGAUCAAUCUCGUGAACCUAUGCUGCACUGCCUCAAUCACAAGGAUGUCCUUCCUCAAAUUAGGAGACCAAAACUGUACACAAUACUCCAGAUGUGGUCUCACCAGAGCCCUAUACAACUGCAGAAGAACCUCUUUACUCCUAUACUGAAAUCCUCUUGUUAUGAAGGCCAACAUUCCAUUAGCUAUCUUUACUGCCUACAGUACCUGCACGCCAACUUUCAGUGACCGGUGUACAAGGACACCCAGGUCUCGCUGCACCUCCCCCUUACCUGACCUAACCCCAUUGAGAUAAUAAUCUGCCCCUUUGUUUUUGCCGCCAAAUUGGAUAACCUCACAUUUAUCUAUAUAAUAUUGCAUCUGCCACACAUCUGCCCACUCACUCAACCUGUCCAAGUCGCCCUGCAACCUCCUAACAUCCUCUUCACAGUUCACACUGCCACCCAGCUUUGUGUUAUCCGCAAACUUGCUAGUGUUGCUCCUAAUUCCCUCUUCCAAAUCAUUAAUAUGUAUGGUAAACAGUUGCGGCCCCAACACUGAGCCUUGCGGCACUCCACUCGCCACUGCCUGCUAUUCUGAAAAGGACCUGUUCACUCCUACUCUUUGCCAACCAAUUUUCUAUCCAUAUAACCAUAUAACAAUUACAGCACGGAAACAGGCCAUCUCGACCCUUCUAGUCCGUGCCGAACACGUAUUCUCCCCUAGUCCCAUAUACCUGCGCUCAGACCAUAACCCUCCAUUCCUUUCUCGUCCAUAUAACUAUCCAAUUUAUUUUUAAAUGAUAAAAACGAACCUGCCUCCACCACCUUCACUGGAAGCUCAUUCCACACAGCCACCACUCUCUGAGUAAAGAAGUCUCCCCUCAUGUUACCCCUAAACUUCUGUCCCUUAAUUCUCAAGUCAUGCUCCCUUGUUUGAAUCUUCCCUACUCUCAGUGGGAAAAGCUUAUCCACGUCAACUCUGUCUAUCCCUCUCAUCAUUUUAAAGACCUCUAUCAAGUCCCCCCUUAACCUUCUGCGCUCCAAAGAAUAAAGCCCUAACUUGUUCAACCUUUCUCUGUAACUUAGUUGCUGAAACCCAGCAACAUUCUAGUAAAUCUCCUCUGUACUCUCUCUAUUUUGUUGACAUCCUUCCUAUAAUUAGGCGGCCAAAAUUGUACACCAUACCCCAGAGUUGGCCUCACCAAUGCCUUGUACAAUUUUAACAUUACAUCCCAACUUCUAUACUCAAUGCUCUGAUUUAUAAAGGCCAGCAUACCAAAAGAUUUCUUUACCACCCUAUCCACAUGAGAUUCCACUUUCAGGGAACUGUGCACAGUUAUUCCCAGAUCCCUCUGUUCACCUGCAUUCUUCAAUUCCCUACCAUUUACCAUGUACGUCCUAUUUUGAUUUGUCCUGCCAAGAUGUAGCACCUCACACUUAUCAGCAUUAAAUUCCAUCUGCCAUCUUUCAGUCCACUCUUCCAACUGGCAUAAAUCUCUCUGUAAACUUUGAAAAUCUACUUCAUUAGCCACAACCCCACCUAUCUUAACCAUAUAACUAUAUAACCAUAUAACAAUUACAGCACGGAAACAGGCCAUCUCGGCCCUACAAGUCCAUGCCGAACAAAUUUUUUUCCCCUUAGUCCCACCUGCCUGCACUCGUACCAUAACCCUCCAUUCCCUUCUCAUCCAUACGCCUAUCCAAUUUAUUUUUAAACGAUACCAAUGAACCUGCCUCCACCACUUCCAUCUUAGUUUCAUCUGCAUACUUACUAAUCCAAUUUACCACACCAUCAUCCAGAUCAUUGAUGUACAUGACAAACAACAAUGGACCCAACACAGAUCCCUGCGGCACCCCACUAGUCACUGGCCUCCCACCUGACAAACAACCAUCCACCAUUACUCUCUGGCAUCUCCCAUUCAGCCACUGUUGAAUCCAUCUUGCUACUCCACCAUUAAUACCCAACAAUUGAACCUUCUUAACCAACCUUCCGUGAGGAACCUUGUCAAAGGCCUUACUGAAGUCUAUAUAGAUAACAUCCACUGCUUUACCCUCAUCAAUUUCCCGAGUAACCUCUUCAGAAAAUUCAAGAAGAUUAGUCAAACAUGACCUUCCAGGCACAAAUCCAUGUUGACUGUUCCUAAUCAGACCCUGUUUAUCCAGAUGCUUAUAUAUAUUAUCUCUAAGUAUCCUUUCCAUUAAUUAGCCCACCACUGACGUCAAACUAACAGGUCUAUAAUUGCUAGGUUUACUCUUAGACCCCUUUUUAAACAAUGGAACAACAUGCGCAGUACGCCAAUCCUCCGGCACUAUUCCCGUUUCUAAUGACAUUUGAAAUAUUUCUGUCAUAGCCCCUGCUAUUUCUACACUAACUUCCCUCAAUGUCCUACGGAAUAUCCUGUCAGGACCUGGAGACUUAUCCACUUUUAUAUUUCUCAAAAGUGUCAGUAUUUCCUCUUCUUUGAAUCUCAUAGUUUCCAUAGCUACUCUACUUGUUUCCCUUACCUCACAUAAUUCAAUAUCCUUCUCCUUGGUGAAUACCGAAGAAAAGAAAUUGUUCAAUAUCUCCCACAUCUCUUUUGGCUCUGCAGAUAGCUGUCCACUCUGACUCUCUAAUAGACCAAUUUUAUCCCUCGUUAUCCUUUUGCUAUUAAUAUAGCUGUUGAAACCCUUUGGAUUUAAUUUCACCUUACUUGCCAAAGCAACCUCAUAUCUUCUUUUAGCUUUUCUAAUUUCUUUCUUAAGAUUCUUUUUACAUUGUUUAUACUCCUCCAGCACCUCAUUUACUCAAUGCUGCCUAUAAUUAUUGUAGAUCUCUCUCUUUUUCUGAACCGUGUCCAAUUUCCCUUGAAAACCAUGGAUCUUUCCAAUUUUUACUAUUUCCUUUCAACCGAACAGGGACAUAAAGAUUCUGUACUCUUAAAAUUUCACCUUUAAAUGUGCUCCAUUUCUCUUCCACAUCUUUCCAUAAAACAAACUUUCCCAAUUUACUCCUUUUAAUUCCUUUCGCAUCUCCUCAAAGUUAGCCUUUCUCCAAUCAAAAAUCUCAACCCUAGGUCCAGUUCUGACCCUCUCCAUAAUUAUAUUGAAACUAAUGGUAUUGUGAUCACUGGUCCCGAGCUGUUCCCCAACGCAUACCUCUGCCACCUGACCCGUCUCAUUUCCUAACAGGAGGUCCAGCACCGCCCCUUCUCUAGUAGGUACCUCUAUGUAUUGCUGCAAAAAACUAUCCUGCACACAUUUUACAAACUCCAACCCAUCCAGCCCAUUUACAGAAUGUGUUUCCCAGUCUAUGUGUGGAAAAUUGAAAUCUCCCACAAUCACUACCUUGUGCUUACUACUAAUAUCUGCAAUCUCCUUACAUAUUUGCUCUUCCAAUUCUCGCUCCCCAUUUUGCGGUCUAUAAUACACCCCUAUAAGUGUUGCUACCCCUUUCCCAUUUCUCAGUUCCACCCAAAUAGCCUCCCUAGACGAGCCCUCUAAUCUAUCCUGCCAAAGCACUGCUGUAAUAUCUUCCCUGAUAAGCAAUGCAACACCUCCACCUCUUGCCCCUCCAAUUCUAUCACACCUGAAGCAACAAAAUCCUGGAAUAUUUAGUUUCCAAUCACAGCCCUCCUGCAACCAUGUUUCACUGAUCGCCACAACAUCAUACUUCCAGGUGUCAAUCCAGGCUCUAAGUUCAUCCACCUUUCUUACAAUGCUCCUAGCAUUAAAAUAUACACAUUUAAGAAACCCACCCUCUCUUAUUCUCUGUUUAUUGUCUUUUUCUUCUCUCUCCCCUACAUUUUGGGUUCGAGUGCUACCAUUCUCUGCCUCCUGCCUCACGCACUGACUGCUAGCUUUCCCAAUUUGAGUUCCUCCCCCCAACCAUACUAGUUUAAAGUCUCCCCAGUAGCCUUUGCAAAUCUCCCCGCCAGGAUAUUGGUCCCCCUCGAGUUGAAGUGCAACCCGUCCUUUCUGUACAGGUCGCACCUUCCCCAAAAGAGGUCCCAAUGAUCCAGAAACUUGAAUCCAUACCCACUGCACCAGUCCCUCAUCCACUCAAUUAUCCUCCACCUCGCUCCAUUCCUACUCUCACUGUCGCGUGGCACAGGCAGUAAUCCUGAGAUUGUUACUUUUGCAGUCCUUCUCCUUAACUCUCUACCUAACUCCCUAAAUUCUUCUUUCAGGACCUCUUCUCUAUUUUUACCUAUGUCGUUGCUACCUAUAUGUACCACAACCUCAGGCUCCUCUCCUUCCCAUUUCAGGAUUUCUUGGACCCGUUCAGACACAUCCCUGACCCUGGCACCAGGGAGGCAAACUACCAUCCGGGUCUCCUGUCUGCGUCCACAGAAUCACCUAUCCGACCCCCUGACUAUAGAGUCGCCUAUUACAAUUGCCCUCCUCUUCUUUUCUUUAACCUUCUGAGCAACAGGACCGGUCUUUGUGCCAGAGGCCCGGCCGCUGUCGCUGCCCCCAGGUAGGCUGUCUCCCCCACCCUUACUCAAACAUGAGUACUUAUUUUCCAGGUGUACAGCCACCGGGGUACUCACCAGUCCCUGCCUCUGCCCAUUGCCCUUCCUAACUGUGACCCAGUUUUCUGUCUCCCGUGGUUUUGGAGUGACCACCUCCCUGUAACUCCUUUCUAUGACCUCCUUGCUCUCCCUGAGCAGACAGAGGUCAUCGAGUUGCUGCUCCAGGUUCCUAACACGGUCCUUUAGGAGCCCCAUCUCGACGCACCUGGCACAGAUGUGGACGUCUGGAGGGCACUCAGACUCCAUGACCUCCCACAUCUGACAUCCAGAACAGUAAACUGCCCUGGCCCUCAUUCUCCCCCUUAUCCUGGAUACAAUACAAAGCCUUACCCGGGAUACAAGCCAAUCAGCUGCUUCCUCUAGUCCGUUUGACCAAUCAGAGGCUUCCACCAGCCUCCUUAAUUUGAAGUGUGAUCUGCGAAUGGAACGUUGCAGAUUUUAGCUCCUCCCUCACCAACGGCUCCUGGGCCUCUGUUGAAACAAGCCCCGCGAUGUGUUUUUGAACUCACCACACGGACGUGGCUCCUCCCUCUGUAAUGGCUCCUGGGCCUUAACUCCCAGAAUCCUUAACAGCUCUAGGUAACUCCUCCUCACACCAACGGCUCCCCGGGCCAUGUCACCACCCUACCCCCAAUGCCAUGUGCUCUAAUUUUAGUCAUUAGUCAUUAGUCUCCCAUGCGGGACCUUAUCAAAGGCUUUCUGAAAGAUUAGAUACACUACAUCCACUGGCACCCCUUCAUCCAUUUUACUUGUCACAUCCCCAAAAAAAUCCAGAAGAUUAGUCAAGCAUGAUUUCCCUUUCAUAAAUCCAUGUUGACUUGGACUAAUCCUUUUACUGCUAUCCAAAUGCCCCAUUAUCACCUCUUUAAUAAUUGACUCCAGCAUCUUUCCCACCACCAAAGUCAGGCUAACUGGUCUGUAAUUCCCUGUUUUCUCUCUCGCUCCUGUCUUGAAAAGUGGGAUAACAUUAGCUAUCCUCCAAUCCACAGGAACUGAUCCUGAAUCUAUAGAACAUUGGAAAAUGAUCACCAAUGCGUCCACUAUUUCUAGAGCCACCUCCCUGAGGACCCUGGGAUGCAGACCAUCAGGCCCAGGGGAUUUAUCAUUCUUUAGUCCCAUUAGCCUACCCAAUACUAUUUCUCGCCUAAUGAAAAUUUCUUUCAGUUCCUCUACCCCCUUAGAUCCUCUGUCCUCCAGUACAUCUGGGAGAUUGUUUGUGUCUUCCUUAGUGAAGACAGAUCCGAAGAACCUAUUCAAUUCUUCUGCUAUUUCUUUGUUGCCCAUAAUAAUUUCACCCGUGUCUGCCUUCAAGGGACCCACAUUUGACUUUGCUACUCUUUUUCCCUUAACAUAUCUAAAUAAGCUUUUACUGCCCUUCUUUAUAUUCCUUGCCAGCUUCCCUUCGUACUUCAUCUUUUCAGCCCGUAUUGCCCAUUUUGUUUCCUUCUAUUGACCUAUGAAAGUUUCCCAAUCCUCUGGCAUCCGGCUACUCUUUGCUUUUACAUCUUUUCUUUUAGUUUUAUUCUAUCCCUAACUUCUCUUGUCAUCCACGGUUGCCUCCUACUCUCCUUCGGCAACAAAUAGAUAAAAAAUGCCAAACUAGUAGCAUUGUAAUUUGUUCAAAAUAUAGCCAUCUAAAGUAUACCAGGAUGAAAUAUCUGAUAGUACUAGCAAAAUAUGGUAUUGGAUUAAAAUGACACUUGAUAAUUAAUGAAGAUCUUGGUUCAGGGAAAAUAAAGGGAUUUCUAGAAAUCGAUUGUGAAUUGCAGUGUUCAAUAAUGAGAACAUCGCAAACAAAAUCAUUGAUGAUAAUAGGUUUAUUUGUUCCAUCUCUGUUACAGAUGAGCUGAUUUUUCACAUUUGUCAGCAUGAUUGUUUGGAUCCAACAAAUAGUGUUGCAAAGAUGAUGCGCAGACAAUCUGCAAUGUCUAGGAUGGCAGAAUGGUCUCAUAGUAAUUUAUUUCUUAGUUUACAUUCUAUGCUAUAGUGCAAAUUUAUUAUUUCAACCAGGGAUAGGCAUUAUGCCAUAAGAUUAGGAUUGUGCAAUGAUUAUCUCUGUCAUUAUACUUAUACUUCAGAUUUCUAAAUGUAUAUUAAUAUUAUUGAUAAAUAACUAAUUGCAAAUAUUUUUUUUAAGUUUCUAACUAGAGUGAAUAAUGUAAUUAUGUAACAAAGGACAAAUAUAUUACAGUGGAGCAAGAUUCAAAGUGGGAGGGCACCAGAGGAGAUCUUUGGGGAGGAGUGCAGCAGUAGAGUUGCUGCCUCACAGCGCCAGAGACCAGGGUUCAAUCCUGACGAUGGGUGUUGUCUGUACGGAGUUUGUACGUUCUCCCUGUGACCACAUGGGUUUUCUCCGGGUGCUCUAGUUUCCUUCCAUAUUCCAAAGAGGUACAGAUUUGUUGGUUAAUUGAGUCUUUACUCAGAGAGUGGUGGCUGUGUGGAAUGAGCUUCCAGUGAAGGUGGUGGAGGCAGGUUCAUUUUUAUCAUUUAAAAAUAAAUUGGAUAGUUAUAUGGACGGGAAGGGAAUGGAAGGUUAUGGUCUGAGUGCAGGUAUAAGGGACUAGGGGAGAAUAUGUGUUCGGCACGGACUAGAAGGGUCGAGAUGGCCUGUUUCCGUGCUGUAAAUUGUUAUAUGGUUAUAUGGUUAAUUGACUUCUGCAAGAAAAAAUGUCCUUAGUGUGUAGAAAUCUUUCUAACCUUACAUCAAUAACAAUACAAAUUCUUCCACUCCUCAAGUCGUGGAUUGCUACUAAAAUUACGCUCGCAGCGAAAGUGAUAGUGAGAUUGGUUUACACAGUCAAAGAAUAAAUGUGGUAAUUACAAUUUCUAUAGUUGCUUUGGUUCAACUCGAGAUUAGCAUACAAACUUAAAGCACAUGGUAUUGGGGGUUCAGUAUUGAUGUGGAUAGAGAACUGGCUGGCAGACAGGAAGCAAAGAGUAGGAGUUAACAGGUCUUUUUCAGAAUGGCAGGCAGUGACUAGUGGGGUACCGCAAGGCUCAGUGCUGGGACCCCAGCUAUUUACAAUAUAUAUUAAUGAUUUGGACGAGGGAAUUGAAUGCAACAUCUCCAAGUUUGCGGAUGACACAAAGAUGGGGGGCAGUGUUAGCUGUGCGGAGGAUGCAAGGAGGCUGCAAGAUGACUUGAAUAGGCUGGGUGCGUGAGCAAAUGCAUGGCAGAUGCACUAUAAUGUGAAUAAAUGUGAGGUUAUCCACUUUGGUGGCAAAAACAGGAAAGUAGACUAUUACCUGAAUGGUGGCCGAUUAGGAAAAGGCGAGAUGCAACGAGACCUGGGUGUCAUGGUACACCAGUCAUCGAAAGUAGGCACGCUGGUGCAGCAGGCAGUGAAGAAAGCGAAUGGUAUGUUAGCAUUCAUAGCAAAAGGAUUUGAGUAUAGGAGCAGGGAGGUUUUCUACUGCAGUUGUACAGGGUCUUGGUGAGACCACACCUGGAGUAUUGCCUACAGUUUUGGUCUCCUAAUCUGAGGCAGGACAUUCUUGCCAUAGAGGGAGUACAGAGAAGGUUCACCAGACUGAUUCCUGGGAUGUCAGGACUUUCAUAUGAAGAAAGACUGGAUAGAUAUGCAUAUAUAUACAUACAUACAUAUACACACAUACAUACAUGCGUAUAAGUACGCAUAUCUACGCAUACCUCGCUAGAAUUUAGAAGAUUGAGGGGGGAUCUGAUAGAAACUUACAAAAUUCAUAAGGGGUUGGACAGGCUAGAUGCAGGAAGAUUGUUCCCGAUGUUGGGGAAGUCCAGAACAAGGGGUCACAGUUUAAGGAUAAAGGAAUUUUAGGACUGAGAUGAGAAAAAUAUUUUUUACACAGAGAGUGGUGAAUCUCUGGAAUUCUCUGCCACAGAAUGUAGUUGAGGCCAGUUCAUUGGCUAUAUUUAAGAGGGAGUUAGAUGUGGCCCUUGUGGCUAAAGGUAUGGAGAGAAAGCAGGUACAGGAUACUGAGUUGGAUGAUCAGCCAUGAUCAUAUUGAAUGGUGGUGCAGGCUCGGAGGGCCGAAUGGCCUACUCCUGCACUUAUUUUCUAUGUUUCUAUGUUUCUAACUCCUUGGAAAUUCGGAGGGUCAUUUCAAGGUACCCGUACCACUAAAAUCAGUGUUUUUCACUCUUGUCCACAAAGAAGAGGGACCUGAAUCUAACAACGUCGCAAAACUUGAAUCACAACUGGGCCAUUCAGCCCCAGCCUCUUCCACUAUUUUAGAAGAACACCAACUGCUCCAUUACUUCAUAUUGCCAGCCCCUGGUACUUUCAUAGCAUCAAUUAACGAAUGUUAAAUUAACAACUUUUGCCCAGAGGUUUGUCUUCCAACUUCUCUGAUGAAAAGUCAGAGAGAGGUCUGAAGAAAGGUGUUGACCCGAAAUGUCACCCAUUCCUUCUAUCCAGCUGUCCCGCUGAGUUACUCCGACAUUUCGUGUACAUCUUCACUCAUGAAAGUAUUGACUCUAAUUUUUCCGUAUUCAACAGUGUGACAAGUGCAGUAGCACACAUGUUGUGAAAAUGAUUGCUGUCAAGUUCACUUAACGAUAAAACAUUUUCAGCAUCUCCAUUGUAAAAAUGAUUCCAGGGACCCUGUCCAUCUCCCAGCAAAAAUAAUUCCUAUUUCUCUUUCCCAUCAAAUUCUUUCAAUACCUUUAACCUUCAAUCAACUAACUUCUUUGUAGGUCAGUUCUGCUGGUCACAUGGUGUUGUACUCAACCUAACCUCAAAGUAGAACCUUAAUAUGGAAUCAAACAGCAGAUGCCUGUCUGCAGAUGUUGCCUUUCCCGCUAAAAUACUCCAGUACUUUGUGUCCUAGAACCUUAAUAGUUCUUACCAAUCAGUGAGAACAUUAUACUCAAUUGUUUUGAGUUAAUUGAUGCACAACUAUUGUUACAGGGAGAAGGCAGGAGAAUGAGGUGUGAGGAAAAAAAUUGAUCAGCCAUGAUUGAAUGUGUGUGUGUGUGUGUGUGUCUUUCUGCCAGACUUGUGGGUGCCAGCCUUUGAUUCGUUGCUACGCCAACACCAGGCCCAGAAACGCCAAGAUUUUUUCCAUUUCGGUAGAGAUUUCACUUUUCAUUCCAAGUAUCCACUCCUCAUUAAAUUUUGUACACAUUUUUGAUAAAAUCCUUCUCCCCCCCCCCCCCCACUCACUCAUUUUGUCGCCUCCUGCUGGCCAGUGACCAUAACGGCUGCUGGCGCCCGCCUCUCACCUCAAAGACGCCAUUUAAAAACAGCCGCACUGCUGAGUCCUGGAAUCUUAUCUUCGGGAACGGCUUGAGUUGGAGGACCACGUCUCCCGUGGGGGCUACGAGUAGGGAAUGGCUGCGUUGGGGGAGCAGACCCAACGUGCCUGCACUUGGUCUAGUAUAUAGUAAAGCACUGUUAAGGGCCUGUCCCACUUUCACGACCUAAUUCAAGACCUCUGCCGAGUUUGCCCUUGACUCAUACUCGCAGCAUGGUCGUCACGAGAUCGUAGGAGGCUGUGGGUAGGUCAUAGGAGGUCGUGAUGCUCAUCGUAGGUACUCGUGGCAUCACGUAGGUCGGCUCGUUUUUCUAGCAUGAUGAAAAAUGUCCACGAGUAAAAAAGGUCGUGAAUUAGUCGUGAAAGUGGGACAUGCCCUUUAGGGUAUUAACUAAAUCUGGAUCAUUGCUCAAUUUCAAAGCUAAUACUUACUUGUUCUGGACAUAUUAUUUCCGAAGACCAUCACAAAUGAACUUAGUGGCUCUCCUUCAACAGCAAUGGCAAGGGUGAAGGUAAUACCAUUGCUGUUACUACACUGUGAAAUUGACAGUAAUUUAUGAAUUUUCCCUGCGAACACAGUUCUCCAAACAAUCGAGGGUGCAGGCAGUGAUUUUCCCUUCUCUAAAACUUUCAAGGGAAAUCAGUUGAACUGGUGAAUAUUUCGAGCAAUUACCAAACGAAAAUAUGAAGUUUAGUCAUGAGGUCUGAAUUUUAAGGGAUUCCAAGCCAUAAUUAGUAGACUCUUUUGGUUUAUAAAAAAAUUAAAUGCAAAUUGUAAAUCCUUCAAAAAUGUUAAAAAAUAUAUAAUAAACCAAGAAAUAAUAAACAUGAAUUGUAUUGUAAAAA